GUUUCAGGCUAGUUGAUGCAUAUCCUUGCGGAUGUCGCAGUUUUAUUGGCAAUUACAAACCGAUACACAGCAGCAAGAAAAGAACAAUGCAAAGGAUGGUAAUGAAUGGAAGUGUGUUGGCUUGACCAAUGAUAAUACCUGCGAAGGUUUGCAGCACCAACAACAACAACAACAACAACAAUCCUACUGGUGGUAUCAGCAGAAUCAAACUGGAACGGACCCAUAUAGCGCGGCAGCAUUUGAAGGUUUUCGGGCAUCUUCCGGUAACGUCGCUCCUUUGAAGAAUUGGCAGACAUCGAUAACGCCGAAUAUUCCUAGCACAUUUUCCGCGCAGCAACAGCAGGAACGAAUUCCUGAGGAAAAAACGGUUUCGUAUGAGGUUCAUGAACAGGAAAAUGAGCAAGUACAAUAUUCGUUUGGUGUUCAUCAAACGAUUUUGGAUUCUGAACGUAGCUUUCCUGGUCAUAAUAUAGAAGAUAGGAAAGUAAGUGGUGGAAAAUAUGAUGUUCAGCACGUUCAGGUAGAAUUGGUUUCUGCUGAUGAUGCGCAAGGUAAUGUAGCAACAGGUGCACUGCUACCAGAAGAGGAACAUGUGACUGAAAGCAACUUGCCAGUGGUGGCAGUGGCUCAGGUUACUCCUAUGAUAGCAACAGCCAUUACUACCGCGACAGAGACAUCAUUUUCUGCUGGCGUUUUGUCCUGUAACCAAACAUUCCCAGCAGCUGUCCCUUCUGCAAACGUCGCUCGUGUCGGUCCUAUUUCUAAUCAUGAUUCUUUAGGAUUCUCAGUGAACCGUGUUGUUCCAACGUUACAGUCAGUCAUUCCUAACCUACAGAUGCCUCCACUCGAACCUGUUGCAAUCAGUGCUCGUGAUGCUCCAAUAUUGUUAACUGAGGAAACUGGUGAAGUACAAAAUACUGCUGCUAUCGAAGGAACACAGGCUGCUUCGAACUUCGUCUCUCUAGCAAAUUCUCAGCAACCAGAUGCUGGCGAGGUAUCAGUCAAAGGACAAGAUUUGGAUAGGAACAGUACUUCGAAUCGGUUACGAGAAGUGCUUAAUGAGGAUGUCAAUUCACUUUCAACUGAUGACGUCCAAGAGGCACGAGGACAGAAUGAACUGCGACAAAUUUUGAAGAAGGAUGAUAAGGAGCGAGGCACUGCGAUGUCGACAUCAGCAGAACAAUCCACGGAUUCAACUAUGGCUGAAGAUUCUCUCAGCAGACCUAAUGAAAAGCAUAUGGAUUCGAAAAAUAUUAGAGACCGAUAUCGCAUUAUCCGCCAACAAUAUCCGGAAGUAAUCAAGCGACUGGAUCGUUUGAGAAUGGAAGCUCAUAAUUUGGACUGUCGCUCGAUGCAGAAAGCUCCAUUAGUAGAAGUCGACGAAAAUUCUCAUAGGUCGAUAUCAAACAGAAAACAAAUAAAUUCAGCAAUGAUAGGUCUCGAUUCCAAAGUCACUGCGAACCUGAAGGAUGUUGAACCGAUGUUGGAUUCUCGACCUUCUUCCAAAAUGAAUCAUUCAUAUACGUUCCCCGAUCAUAGGAGUUCUGAAGAUAGCUCUACAAAAAAUGAUGUUAGUUACGGAGAAGACUUCGUCAAUUCUCUUCGUCGAAAUCGGCAUGCACGUACUCGUGAACACGAUUUUUUAUCGCGCGGUACUAAAUCAGAAAUGGGCGAAAUAGGACCAUAUAGAGGUCCUGCAUUCGCUAAACAUAGACAUAUGAUGCAGCAUGCAUAUGGCUAUCAUUCUUCAGCCGGUUAUCAGUCAUACGAGUAUUACCCAAGUGGCAGACAGUCGUUGGGACCUCAUCUUGGACGGCAUGCAGCUCAUGAAUUAGCGAUGAUGCACAACGAUGGUAACGUUCCUGCACGCCGACCUCAAUCUUCGUUUGAUGCGCCAUAUUCGAAAUAUCAGCAGUUUAAUGAAUUCGCUCAGGACUUUCGCCGAAAUGGUGGAGGGGAACAUUCUUUCGAGAGUGGAGAAGAAAGUAGUGGAAGUGACAGUGAAAUAGCACGAAUUCAUAAUGGACAGAAAAUGGCACAGCGAACUGCCACAACGCGUCAUAAUGCAAUGCCUUUCACAGCCCCAAAUGAGUUUUACUAUUUUGGUGUGAUACAGUUGCCACAGGAACGCGUGGAGUACAUAAUGCGCAGAUUACCGCCGCCUCCAGAAUACUUCCAACUGCCUGCAAUCGAAAAGGCGGCUUACUUGUUUUAUUGUGUUCUCUAUCGUCAUCAUUAUCUUCCGGUGGAUCUGUUUCAUAAAAAAUUCAACCGAGAAUAUUUCAGCUACAUGUGUGAGGGCGAUUCAGCUGAAAUUGCGCUUUGGAAGAUUUGCAAACAUACACAAGACGAAUAUAUAGCUAAACGUUCGAUAAAUCAGUUGAAAGCCUAUGAAAUGUCCCAGAAACAGCUGUUCAGCGAUGAACAUGAAACACUUGAUAGCAGACAAAGUGAACGAGGAAGCAGAUGUGAUGUUGAAAAUGACAGCGAUCAUCUCAGCAUCGAUUCUGCCACUAAAGAACCAUUGAAAUUCCGUGUUCCGCACUCGUUUCUUAGAUUUGGUGUCGGUGGAAAGGUAAUCAUGCUAAAUGUUCAGAAUUCGGAAAAUAUCCUAGAAAUACGCGAUCUGAAAAGUUUGUUUAGUAAUCAUAAACUGUCGCGUAUUUCGAAUGCCAUUGAAUCGUUCCGAGGUCCUCUUGUUGCCGGAUUUACUCCAACUCAUUCUGUGCACCUUUAUGUACAGCGUCAAAUUGAACUAAUUCUGAAGUCGGAAGCGUAUCUUUUGAAUCCAUCAAAUAGCUUGGAAAGUGACUGUCUUUUAAUAUGGCAGCUUUUGGAAAUGCUUGUGCAGCAACAAGGACGAGUAACGGGUCCGGAUUUAUCGCGAUUAUUAAUGGCCACUUGUGAUGUGUCAGAGCAGCGACGACAUGGGAAGGAAAAGUCAAGUCUGCAUACUCCUGCAAACUCCAAUGAACGUUUUGUGGAUUCCAAGGCAUAUGAUCGUUUCACACAACUUCUGCUAGGUGGCCAUAUUAUAGAAGCUCUUGAAAGUGCGAUUAAAGACGGACUGUAUUCGGAUGCAAUGAUUCUGGCACGUCGUAUGUGUGUCAAUGAACCACAAGAACUUGAAAAAAUCGAGACAGCCUUUUUGUCGCAUCGAUCAGAGCUGAAUCCUGUAAUGACUCUUCUCUCAGUUGCAAAUGGACAACCGGCUCCGGUUUUGACAAGUCCACCGAUGGACGAAGUAGAUAGCUGGCGUUCACAUGCAGCUAUAGUACUAGCCAAUUUAAAUACUCCAGCAGCUCUUGGAACGGUGUAUCAACUUGGUUGCGUGCUCGCUCGUCGUGGAUUGCAUGCUGCGGCGGAUUUUUGUUUCCUAGCAGUCAACCUUUUGAUACCUAGCUAUAAUCCGUUUCAACCAGUACCUAGAAGCGAAGAUAUGAAUGCAGAUGUUCGUCGACACAUAAUACUUAUUCAUGCAACUUUGCCAGGAGAAGAAAUGGAUUUCAAAUUUUCUAAAGGCUUCUCGAUAUUAGAUUUACAUGCUACGGAAAUUUUUCAAUAUUCCAUUAAAUUGGCCAACAAUGGGUUUCCGGUAAAUUCCAACGCAUCACUUGUAUAUCAGCUACUUCGUCUGGAUUAUGCGGAAAUGGUUUCGGAAUUUGGGAAUUCUGCAAUAGAUGCUUUCCGAUAUUGCGUUGAAAUUGCGAAGGAGAUUUGGGAUCGACAUCAUGAAAUUGAUAUCAGACAACUUGAACGGCUUUACGAACUCGCUGAACGUUUGAAAUUUGUGGCAUCCGCAGACACAAACAGUACAACCUGGAUUCCAGCCUUGCGAUCUUUCAUAGAUAAGCAACAAAUGAUUGAGGAAAGUAAAGUGGUACAAGAUGAUUCUGCGGCAGUUAUCGAUCAUAAUACCGAAGAUGUAUCAUCGCAAAUCAAAGCUACGGAAGAUUUCAUUGAAGACAGUGGUAGCCAAGCGAAUGACUUCAUUAAUACGCCAACAUUAGGCUCUCAGACGAUCAAAUGGCAGAUUGGACAGGAGGAAGUCACCAUCUCAACAGUCCCGGUCAAUCAACAUGAAGUAGAAAAUCGAAAGCCUGAAAAUACAGAAUAUCGUAUGCAGCCAGAACAGCUGCAAAGAAGAGUUGAAACAUGUAGCAAUACGAACAUAUCCGUAAAUCCUUCCCAGUACUCAUCACUUCCUCCAGUUCUGCCAGUUAGCGCGAAAGAUCCUGCUGAAAGUAGCUCUACAACUCAUACAACGAUUGUUUCACCUCCGUUGUCACAAGCAAAUGAACAAAAUUCACAUGAAGCAGUGCAAAGUUAUUAUGAUGAUGGUACUUAUGAGUGGAAAAUCUUGAAAAUGGAACAGCAAGCUGAUCCGAAAGGAGCAGACAGCGAGAUAGCUGCGGAAUAUGCGACAAAUGGCAAUAGCACUUUUACAAAUGGUCAUGAAAAUAGUCCACAUAGAAAUGUUGAUCAUUUGGAAGGAAAAAUCCUAAACGGAAUGGCACCUAUUGGAAGAACAGAAAGUCAGAUUCAGGGAACUUUGCAGUCCGGCUACGUGCCACCAAUAAUUCAGAACUCAGAACGUUCGUAUCCCUCCCAGCAACAACCAAAUAUGGUUAGGAAAGAUGAAAAGACGCUUAAUGAGGGGAACGUUGUAAACGAUCAUCGCCAGAAUGCAGGACUAUUUUCAAAACUAAAAGCAACGAUUGCAAAAGCAAUUCCAUCGAACAAUGAAAUGAUUCUUCCCGACGACAAACAUCCAUCAAUUGUAUGGGAUCCGAACCUCAAUAGGUAUGUUGGUGAAGGAAUUGAGGAAGAAUCUGUCCCGGACCCACCUCCAUCGGUUUCACUAACUUCAGAAAAACAAAACGGGUCAGCACAUGGAAUGGUUGGUGGAUUAACUGCUGCUCGGUUAAGCGGUGGAUCGAGGUAUUUCAACCCACUUAUCGAAACGUCAUCUUCAAAACCAACUACUCAUACUGCCCCUCUUUUACCACCAGUACCUGCUGCUGCCAGCUUUGGGUUCAUACCCUCAAUGCCUGAUGAUAAUGAAGCAUCCACAGAAAGUCCGUUCAGUAUGCACACUGGUCCGUUAUCAAAAGAGGCUGAAAUUGCUGAAUAAGUGCCAUCGAAUCGCUAAACAUGAGUGCUGUUAACACUGAUUCAUACUGGAAGAUUUUUGUUUAGUUUGAGUCAUGUUUAAUAUUCAUGAUAUGUUUUUUAUUGCACUAUAAUUGGGUUGUAAUGGUUUUACUGUCGUUUCAGCAUAUGAAGGG